AUGAAUGUAUCAUUAUCAUCACUUGAACGUCUUUUGCAUCGUUAUACAAUUGAACCAACAACAAAACCAUUUGAUGCUCGAUCUGUACCUGUUGAAGCAGUUCCGAUUGAACAACCUAAAGAUAUUAGUAUUGGUGUUGGUCUUCCACGCCCAGGAAUUGAAUCGAAAACAAAUCGAGAAGAUACUUAUGGUGAACAAGUAUCUGCUAUACCAGAAUUUGCUCAUUUGGGUCCAAUAUUCAAAUCAUCAUUACCAGUUGAUUUAACUGAAAGUGAAGUUGAAUAUGUUGUACGAUGUAUAAAACAUAUUUUUAGUCAUUAUAUUGUUUUUCAAUUUGAAGAUAUUGAAAUAACAGUUAGUGAUCAUGUACAAAAAGUACUUAAACCAAAUUGGUCUGCUUCAUGGGAAGAAAAUGGAGCUGAAAAUGAACGUGAAGAUACAUAUACAUUAUCAAUUCCAACACUUGAAGAAUGUGGGAAGAAAAUAAUAAAUUAUAUGGAAAUGCAAGCUUGUGAACGAUCAGACAAAAUUCCAGAAGGCAAAGCAUCACAUGCACUUUAUUUAGCGGGUGUCUAUCGUGGUGAACAUGAUGUACUUGUUCGAGCAAAAAUGGCAUUGGGUGGUACAACAGUAGAUCCAGGAGCACAAGCUAUUACCAUGCAAUUAACAAUACGUUCGACAGAUGGAUCAGCUGUGCAAGUUAUUGCUUCAGCAGUCGAAUAA